CAUAUAACACAUAUAAAUUGCAACAUCAGCACAAUAUUUGACAGGAAGUAUCUACAUUGUCAGGCAAUAAACUUAAAAUUGUGUUUACUUGUACCAUUGCAGAAUUCAGGAAAUAAAAGAAGAUUUACUUCCCAUUGUCUUACAUCACUGGUAAUCAAUUUGAUUAUUUCUUAAUUUUAGCAUUACAUUGCAUUGUGUGCUUUAUUCAGAAAUAGAUUCUCAGAAGUGUGCAGGAAGUAAGGAAUAAGUGCGGGAUGCCUUUAAUAUUCAGACAAUAAAAGCCAGCCCAUUCUUUCCCCCCUCUUAUUAUCUACAGAGACUGAGCCUUAUAUGAGCUUCACACAACUUGUUGAGCUGCAUACUUGUAGAUUUCCAAGAAACGAAACACACUGUAGAAUUACUUAGUUGUUAAGGUGCUAGGAGUAGAAAGAAGCAAAAUGCGUACAUACUUACCACCAAGUGCAGGCAGAGUGAAGAACUGCGAUCUGAGGAACCAAGCAGCAACAAGGCUGAUGCUGCUACUUUAUUUUAUCCUUCACUUUGCCGCAGUUUCGGCUCAGCAAGAGGAUGGUAACUGGGAGAAGCAAUGGUGCAUAGAGGAUGAGCAAAGACCAGAUGGUAUCCUACAGAUUGCUCUUAGCUGGGCAUGUGGUCCUGGAGGUGCAGAUUGUACGAUGAUUGAGCCUAACAAAUCAUGUUACCUACCCAAUACAGUCAGGGACGAUGCAUCUUAUGCCUUCAACAGCUACUGGCAAAAAUACAAGAAACAUGGUGGUUCUUGCUACUUCAAUGCAGCUGCAAUGGUCACCAACCUAAAUCCAAGUCGUAACUCAUGUAACUUUGAAGUAGUGCCCUGAUAUAACGGUGGGUGAAGCACUAGAAGACACAUUUCUUCUACUGAUCCUUCAAAUCAGAUAAAGAAAAGGGAAAAAAUGUUCACAUUGUUCGCCUUUGUGGAGGGGAUGUCAUUACUCGAAUCAGGAGGGCAAUGCCUAAUAUUGAUCCAUACUUCAGAAUGUUUCAACUCUGUGUCUCAUCUAUAAUCAGACUAUUUUCAAUUUUAGUCAUCUACCCGGUUUUGUAUCAAUACAAGUUGAGCACGUUUUCUAUGGUGCGUAAAGGGGUAGAGACCCAAACAGCUAGGACAUAAUCAAGCGCAAUAAUCACUAUGGUUAUCUGACACUUGUAGUGCAAUUAGAUUGAAUCAUUACUACAGUAAGUAGUGCCCGUGCCCGAUCUCUACAAUGUUAAAUAAAUUAUAAUCAUACAAGUUAUGGAAGCACGGUGAACCAAACUAUAACCUGAAAAAGAGGAUAUUUUGUAGAUGGAUGGAAGCAGAGAGAUUGACAGAAGUCAAGCUGACCUAACUGACCGUGUUCGCAAGGCCAACCACGAGAGGCAAGAUACCGUGAUUGUCAUGGAAAAAUUAUUGGCGUUAAAUCUAAAGAAACAAGAGACGCAGCUUCAUUGGCAUGAGCAACUGGUCCGACUAUUAAGCAGGAUGUACAAAUGAGGAAGUGCGAAACAUCAACGGAACUGAUUUAUUUUAAUUAUUCUCUGAAGGCAUGAGAAAGAUGUGUGACACAGCAGUACAAUCAUGACCUAAUAGAGCGACAAAUACAAAGCCUUGUGUAAAGUAGACAUAGUUUUCACCCGAUAAAA